CAAUAUUUUCUUGAUCAGCACCACACCAUGACUGUUGUCCGACACACACAUCAGUGAAUAACUUGAAUUCGAUCAUGAGCUUCCGAAUGCGACGAUGCUCACUCUCGUUGAGAUGCAGCCCUCAAUCGAGUGCACCUAUCAGGAUCGUGCGUGAUAGGCACCCACAGAAAGGGCAUAUGGCUCACGAUGGUCGCAUUUCACUUGGUAUCCUGAAGAGCUUCUAUCCCUCUGAAAGUAACAUAGCACUUAUUUCAGAGCGGCUUGAAAAGUUUGCUGCCCAGCAGGCCAAAUUCGACAUACACUUCAAUUAUCCAUUCAUCGAAAGAAUUGCGCACAGCCGUCAAACAUCAUCAAAAUAUGUUAUGAAGUUUGAUCUUCUCUCACCCUUCCUCAAGACACUCCGUGCCGACCUUGGAGACCUGCUCGGAGACACUUUGACUUACCAAAGCUUUGGAGGCAGGAAAAAGCCGUUUCCGCAUCCCAUAGUUCCAUUCAAUCAAAACGCAUGGAUCGGACACUGGGGUAAACCUCUCAACCCCAGACCAAGACUGUCACUCGGCGGCGUUGUAACGAGAGAGGAAGCGGAAGCCGAGCUUCGAUAUCCACAGCAAUUGGACCCAAAAGAUCUGGGUCCUCUAGAAGCCCGAGUGUUAGGUGAAGGCGAGAAUGACUAUUGGAGCUUUCCAACUUUUCCAUUUUUGGGAACAAGUCAGGACGAUGAACCGUGAUCGAGAUAGAUCUCAUUGUGAUGGAACAGAAUCUUUUGUGGAUUGUGCAGGGCUAAGUCGGAAAUGGCUUUCAGAAGGGGACGAACAAGUGAAACCACUUAGCGAGCAUAUUGGGGUGACUUCACACCCUAUCGAGACCUAUUCGAAUAGACGUUGACUUACGAGGAUUUGGCGGUGUGUGAAAGAAGGACACCAAAAUAAGACAGGAUGUGCCCCAAGUCAAGAGAGGUCUGUGUUGGGUCAGUGAGAAAAUUCCUUCUGGACAACUUACAAAGUCCUCGCCUCCCGCUGGGUGUGAUUGAUCUAAGCAAGACAAGAACUCGAAGCCGUAGGCCCUUUAUCUCUACAGUUUUACUUCUAAUGAAUCGAUUUCCAG